AUGGCGACUCCGAAUGUGAAGCGUGUUGCAGUAAUUGGAGCUGGACCGGCCGGUGCAAUCACCAUAGAUGCCUUAGCAAAAGAACAAGCUUUCGAUGUUAUCAGAGUAUUUGAGCGUCGCGAAAGACCAGGAGGUUGCUGGGUUGGCGACACUGAGCGUCCUGAAGCAGUGACGAACCUUGCUCAACUAGCCGACAGAAGCGCUGAUAAACCACUAGCGAUUCCCGAGCAACUUCCUGCCUAUACGCCAAAAUCAGACCAGCCGAGGUUCACUGACUCCUCAAUUUACCCGUAUUUGGAAACAAACAUCGAUCAUGUUCCUAUGCAGUUUUCUGAAGAACCAUUUCCAGCGGAAACAAGUGCACGGUCCGUUGAGUUGUACGGUCUAAAGACACCAUUUCGUCACUGGAGUGUAGUCCGGAGAUAUAUUGAGGGUCUUGUCGAGCGACAUAGUUACUCCGACCUCGUAUCCUAUAAUACCACCGUCGAGCGAGCUGAAAAGAUCGGAACUGAAUGGAAAGUUGUUUUACGCAAAGAAGGCCAAAAGCGCGACUACUGGUGGACUGAAUGGUUCGAUGCGGUAGUCGUUGCCAGCGGCCAUUACAAUGUUCCUUAUAUCCCUUUUAUUGAAGGACUUGAGACAUUUGAGAAGUCGAGACCAGGAAGUGUGAUUCACAGUAAACACUUCCGUGGAAGAGAUCUCUAUAGAUCAAAGAAAGUUGUCGUGGUUGGUGCGUCAGUCUCUGCAGCUGAUAUCGCCUUCGACUUGGUCAGCGUGGCACAGAGACCAGUUCACACAAUUACUAUUGGCCAUAACCCCAACGGAUACUUUGGAGACGAAGCUUUCAAUAACCCUUAUAUCCAAAACCACCCUUCUAUCACGAAUGUUGUCAAUCGUACUGUUUAUCUAGAAGAUGGUGGUUCGAUAGAAAAUGUGGACCACAUCAUAUUUGGAACUGGGUAUAGCUGGACUUUGCCCUUUUUACCCGAUGUCUCAGUUCGAAACAACCGGGUGCCCGAUUUGUAUCAACAUGUAGUUUGGAGACAUGACCCAACUCUGCUGUUUGUUGGUGCAGUUCAGGCUGGUCUAACCUUUAAAAUCUUCGAAUGGCAGGCUGUUUACGCAGCCAGACUUCUCGCCGGCCGUAGCACGUUACCAUCGACAGAAGAGAUGGAAAGUUGGGAGGAGGAGAGGAUCAAGGCUCGGGGCGACGGACCCAAGUUUGCUCUCAUCUUUCCAGACUUUGAGGACUAUUUUGAGACUCUGAGAAAGUUGGCUGGUGAACCAAAUGGGGUUGGGAGACAUUUAACCAAGUUCAGGCGUGAGUGGUUCCGGACAUUUUUGGAAGGACAUGAGCUUCGGAAGAAUAUGUGGAGGAGAUUGAAUAAUGAAGCGAGAAACGCAGAAAGGAAUAAUGCUGGUUUGAAGCCACGUUUGUAG